AUGGGUGCCGUUCUGUCUACCAACCUCAAGGCCUCAAGUUCUGGCUCAGAGAGCAACUCCGUCAUCCACUUUCCCGACCAACCCACUCUCCUACCUGUGAAAAACGGCGACGAGGAAGAAGUCCAGCAUGUUCCACUACGGACAUUAAUCGAAACACACUGCCCAAGCCUCUUCCGUCCGUUCAAACCGUUGUGGUACCUCUUCAAGUGCACACUAUAUUGCGUCUUUGGAGACUUUUCAAAGCACGAUCGAAUGGGUUACCUUCGGCGGUAUAUCAAGACCGCAGACGGCGGAACGAUUGGACUCGAUUUUGCACCCGUUGAUCAAGGUUCGGUCCCAGACGAUGCUCCCGUUAUUGUCGUACAGCACGGCCUUACAGGAGGAUCGUACGAGCCAUAUGUUCGGGCAGUGCUCAGUCGCGCGUGUAAGCCUGUGAGCGAAGGAGGGCUAGGGUAUCGAGCGGUAGUGAUCAACUUCAGAGGAUAUAUCUUGGAGAAGAGAGAGAAGCAACUAGGCUGCAUUCAACAUGUGCUCUCGCAUGCCCUUCUCCCAGCCGUGGAAUCUAAAGGCAAACAAUCAUGGCUCAAAAAUCCAACAUUGGAAAUGUUCGACGAGUGUUUCACGCGUAUCGCCGGAGGCCCAGCACCCCACUUCCCAUUCAAAAAUUCGGAAGAGUACUACAUCUGGGGCUCAAGUGACCAUAUCGUCGAACAUAUCACUGUCCCUUUCCUCGCCAUCAAUGCUGAUGAUGACCCCGUUGUGCGACAUGUCCCUAUGGAUGGCAAAGGAAAUGGAAAGGUCGUCAUGCAACUGACCAAAGGGGGCGGGCAUUUGGGUUGGUUCGAAGCAGGAGAUGGGCGUGUGGAGAGAUGGACGACGCAACCAGUCCUCGAGUGGCUGAAGGUGAUGGGAAAGGUUGUUCACGAGCAUCACCACUCGUCCCCCAAACUUUACAUCGAUGGAGAAGGUUGGCUAUGUGAAGAAGGUCGCGACCACAUCAGGUGUAAGGAGUUGGAAGAGUGUCAUGUCGUGAAUGGUAAUGGUGGGGAGACCGGAAUUCUCCAGGGGCUGUGA